UUAAAAAGUUUUUUUCCAGUAAAAUAAAAUUUUAAAAUAACCAAUGGAAACUGAAUUUUGUGAAUCAGAUACCUCAGACAAAGAUACUGAUACAAUAAACACCAACAAUUGUUUGUAUUGCAAUAUAACUUUUAAUGAAAAAUUAUGUUGUAAAGAAUGUAUUAAUUCUUUAGAAAAGUUAGCAGAAAAUGGUGAUAAAAAAGCAAUGCUUAAUUUAGCCACAUGUUAUAUGAAUGGAAAAGGAGUAAAAAUGAAUUUAGAAAAAGCUUUUCAUUGGUACCAAAGAGCAGCAGAAAAUGGAGAUGGAAAAGCAAUGUAUAAUUUAGCUAUAUGUUAUAAAAAUGGUCAAGGAACGGAAAAGAAUUUAGAAAAUACUUUUUAUUGGUAUCAAAAAGCAUCAGAAAAUGAAGAUAAAGAAGCAAUGUUUAAUUUAGCCAAUUGUUACUGUUUUGGAGAAGGAACAGACAAAAAAUUAGAAAAAGCCUUUUAUUGGUAUCAAAAAGCAGCAGAAAAUGGUGUUAAAGAAGCAAUGAUUAGCUUAGCCCAUAGCUAUUAUAGUGGUAAGGGAACAGAAAAAGAUUUAGAAAAAGCUUUUCAUUGGUAUCAAAAAGCAGCAGAAAAUGAUGUUAAAGAAGCAAUGUUUAAUUUAGCCAUCAGUUAUAGAUAUGGAGUAGGAAUAGAAAAAAAUUUAGAAAAAUCCUUUCAUUGGUAUCAAAAAGCAGCAGAAAUUGGCGUUAAAGAAGCAAUGUCUAAUUUAGGCACAUGUUAUAGUUAUGGAGUAGGAACAGAAAAGAAUUUGGAAAAAGCCUUUCAUUGGUAUCAAAAAGCAGCAGAAAGUGGAGAUAAAGAAGCAAUGUUUAAUUUAACCAAUUGUUAUUAUUUUGGAGAAGGUACAGAAAAGAAUUUGGAAAAAUCCUUUCAUUGGUGUCAAAAAGCAGCAGAAAAUGGUGUAAAAGAAGCAAUGUUUAGUUUAGCUCAUAACUAUUAUAAUGGAGAGGGAACAGAAAAGAAUUUAGAAAUAGCUUUUCAUUGGUUUCAAAAAGCAGCAGAAAAUGGUGUUAAAGAAGCAAUGUUUAAUUUACCAUAUGUUAUGAAAAUGGAGAAGGAACAGAAAAAAAUUUAGAAAAAGCAUUUUAUUGGCAUCAAAAAUUAGCAGAAUGUAACUCUAAAGAUGAAGUUGAAUUAUGUAAUGAAUGCAAACAUCCAUAUAUUGAUUAUCAGUGGUGCCAACAAUGUAGUAUUAAACGAUUUCAACAAGAUUUUACAGAGUGGACUAGUAAAAAUGCAUUUAUUGAUAAAUUUAUUCGAGAAGCACAACUAAAUGCUAAAAAUAGUUAUGAAAUUUUAGAGUGGAUACCUUAUAAUAAAUUGUCAAAUAUUAAUUAUU